UAGGGUCUGAGGGAGGUAUAUAAACCUCACUGGCACGACAGUCCUUCAUUCCACAGGAUCACCAAGUCACCAUGAGGUCUCUGGUCUUUAUUCUGCUUCUGGGAGCCGCUGUGGCUCAGGAUGAUGAUAAGAUUGUGGGAGGGUACGAGUGUGAGCCCCACUCCAAGCCCUGGCAGGUGUCUCUGAACUCUGGGUACCACUUCUGCGGUGGCUCCCUGGUCAACGAGAACUGGGUGGUGUCUGCUGCUCAUUGCUACAAAUCCCGUGUUGAGGUGCGUCUGGGCGAGCACAACAUUAGGAAGACUGAGGGCAACGAGCAGUUCAUCCGCUCCUCCCGCGUGAUCCGCCACCCCAAAUACAACUCCUGGACCAUCGAUAAUGACAUCAUGCUGAUCAAGCUCAGCGAGCCCGCCACCUUCAGCGACGCUGUGCAGCCUGUGGCCCUGCCCACCAGCUGUGCCCCUGCUGGCACCAUGUGCACCGUCUCUGGCUGGGGCGACACCAUGACCUCCAACGAUGGCACCAGACUGCAGUGCCUGGAGAUCCCCAUCCUGGAGAACAGGGAUUGUGACAACGCUUACCCUGGGAUGAUCACCGACGCCAUGUUCUGCGCUGGAUACCUGCAGGGAGGCAAGGACUCCUGCCAGGGUGACUCUGGCGGCCCUGUUGUGUGUAACGGUGAGCUCCAGGGUGUUGUGUCCUGGGGAUACGGCUGUGCUGAGAGGGAUCACCCCGGUGUCUACGCCAAGGUCUGCCUCUUCAACGACUGGCUCGCCUCCACCAUGGCCAGCAACUAAAUCCAGCUGAAGGACUAACACUCCCAAAAACCACUGUGAACCUCAAUGUCAUGUCAUGCCAUGACUGCGUCAUCAGACUGUUUACCUCAGGAAUAAAGUUUCACAAUCAAAAAAACCUUUA